AUGGCUGGGAACGGCACUGGCACCGGCGGCACCAAUACCGGUGACGUGGGCAGAAAUUGCGGGGAGAUCUUCUGGGUUCACGUAGAGAUUGAUAAGGUGCCAACUCUUGUGGAGGUGACUUUAUCCAGCAUUUUUUUGGUUCCAGAUGAAUCCAACGCAGUGAGACUGGAUCUGCAGAAUGGUUGGAGCCACUAUGGUGGAGACUACGGCAAGGCCAAAUAUGUCUUGAUGGAUAACAUCUGCGUGCUUCAAGGCAUGAUUAAAGAUGGUGCGCAGAAUGUCCUCAUCGCCCAGCUUCCAGAGGCUUGUCGUCCAAAGGCCAACCGCUUGAUUUUCAACAUGAAUCUGCAGCACUUCAGCGCCCGGGUGGAUGUACUGAGUAACGGAGAGAUGUACUUCAUGAACACCGAAUCAUGGACCACAACCUGGCUGAGCCAGGCAUAA